AUGGCGCACUACUCAGCCUACAAUAUUCGCAUUAUUCUCCUCCUGACGUUCGGAUCGCUGUCGUACGGCUAUGCUUUCAGCGUAAUCUCGAAUACCAUUGGACAGCCCGGCUUCCUUCAAUAUUUCGGCUUGCAAGACAACCCUGGAUUCACCAACACAGUUGAGGGCGCUGUCAAUGGUCUGUUCUCUGCUGGCGGUAGUUUUGGUGCAAUAAUGGUUCGCUGGAUGAACGAUGCAUAUGGAAGGAAGGCCACGAUGAAUCUUGCGGCACUAGUGUGUGUAGUCGGGGCGUGGAUUGUUGUUGGUUAUGCUAUUGCCAGCUGGGUUGGAGUGGCAACGUUCUACUCGUCCAACCUAAGUUUCCAAUGGCGGUUUCCCAUCGCUGUUGGAUAUUUAUGGCCGCUUGGACUGCUCAUUUGUAGUCCAUGGGUCCCAGAAUCACCUCGCUGGCUUCUUCUAAUCGGAAGGAAAGAAGAAGCCUGGGAGAUCAUAGCGAAACUUCAUAGUCGGCCAAACGACCCAGAUCAAGCUUAUACGAAGGACGAAUUCCGCCAGAUGGUGCAACAAGUUGAACUGGAUCAGGCAGCAUGGGACAGUGGAGGCGGGUUCAAGCAGAUAUUCACGAAGCCGUCCUACAGAUCCAGGAUGUGGAUGGGCUUCUUUACACAAUACGCAGCGCAGACCACGGGUGGAAUGAUAGUGAACAAUUACAUCGUGCUAUUAUAUCACGAUCUUGGUUACACAGGAGGACUAGUACUUAUACUGGGGUCUUGUUAUGUGACGCUGGCAAUGGUCUGCAAUUUUCUGGCCUCUUUCAUUAUGGAUUAUAUGGGGCGCGUUCGACUGUUGCGUAAGUUCUUUCGUCAGGACUGGCGCACAGCUCACCUGUCAUUCCUAGUUAUCGGACUCACGGGAUGCAUGAUCGCAUCGUCUUGCGAAAGUGCAAUGACAGCCCAAUUUGCCGGCACGUCGAACACCACUGGCAAUGCUUUUGGCGUAUUGUUCACUUUCAUGUUCAUCUUUUUCUACGCGAGUGGUAUCGAUGACACGUCGUACGUGUAUUGUUCCGAAAUCUUCCCCACGCAUAUUAGGUCUCAAGGAAUGGCCUUCUCGAUGGUUGGCACAUUUAUUUCCACUGUCAUCUAUCUCGAUGCAGCACCAACCGCGUUGGCGAACAUUCAGUGGAGAUUUUAUCUCUUCUUCAUCUGCAUGACAGCGCUCAAUAUUGCUGUUAUAUGGCGGUACUUUCCCGAGACGAAGGGACUCUCGCUUGAAGAAAUCAAUGGUAAAUUCGGAGACGAAGUUGCGGCACCGCUGCAAGAAGAACUCACGACCGUUGAGCGACAAGAAAGCGACCGCGAAGAGAAAAGCGAGUCUCAACUAAUCGAGCACAUUUGAUAUGUGCCCGAUGAAUCCGGUGCAUCGAACCAUGCGAUAACUUUCACCACGCAUGGCUCAUCGUGCUAUCAAUGGAUUGGAUAAGAAGCAGAGAAAGAGCUGAUUUGUGUACACGU